AUGGCUGUACGAGCAACGACCAUGACUGACUGCGAUGCUAAAAGACACCAUGGAAUAGACUAUGCGAUCGCAGAUUAUACGCCAGUCUCUUGGGCUUCGGGAGAAACAUACGUCGAAUUCUUCAAGCGUUCUAUUCCGGGGUUCCGAUCGAAUGAGCAUGUGCCACCAAGAAAUGACAUUGUCAUCACCGGGGAUACGAAGGAUUCUUUGACAGCAUGGAACUUGAAAAAGGAACUGAGGAUCAAGUUCCAAAAAACAGACGAUCUUGCAAGGCACCUCCUUUUUGAUACUGAUAGGAACGUUAUUUUCUUGUUCCACCACGCCCAAUUCUUGAAGGCUCAGAUCGAGAAGCAGUUGGAUACCGAUGAUCCACUCAGCCGAACCAUCGAGGACAGCCUCAAAAGCGGCUCACUUCCCCCACGUUUGCUCUUCGAACCUCUGUAUUCGCUGCAAGACAUACUCUUUCCACCGCACGACAACAAAUCGGCGAGGAUACUCGAGAAGCUGGUAUUCAGACGGCGCAACAACUUCGAUCGUGGCUGCAUCGAGUACGACGGCUGCCUGUCAAAUGAUCAGCUCCCGGACAACUUCGGAUACGUACACUGGGGCCAGCGCCUCUUGCGCCUCCAUCAACACCUGCGAAGCCGACCGCCACGGAACAAAUUAGAGCGGUGGUUGCACAGAAAGAGCAACGAGGGAAAUGCUCUCUUCGUAGCACUAGCAGCGUUGUGCAUUUCGAUUUGCGUGGGUAUUAUCAGUAUUGGACUGGCUGGAGUGCAAAUCUGGAUUGGUUGGAUGGCGUGGAAGCACCCAGUUAGGUGA